AAUACAGUAAAUCAACUAUCACAUACUUCCACGUCUUUUCCAAGCUUCCAAGCAUUCAUCUUGUUACUCCUUGUUUCUGAAAAGUCAGUGAGGUGUUAACCUCUGACUUACCCCUGAGUUCCCAGACUCAACAUUUGUUGCAACUUGUCUGAACCACUUCACUACAUCACACACCUGAUUGCUGCGUUGUGGAAUAGUCUAAGCUACGACCCUUUGGCUCUGUUUCCUAAGACAGUGUGUUGUCUUAGUAAAUUCAUCCCUUCCUUGGGUGGCUAGAUUCUCACAUCUGUGUGCAUCCACCAUUACAUCGAGCCUGACCUUGAAGCUGCUAAGCAGAUAGUUAAGUCGGUCGGUGUGAUGGAAGGGACAGGCACCAUAGGCACCAUAAACAUAUCAUUUCUUUCACAGGGAGCAUUCAAUAAGAUCUACGAAAUUUCCAUGCAUAAGAAUGAGCAAACCCUCAUCUUGCGUCUGGCUUUACCGGUCGACCCGUGAUACAAAUCACUCAGCGAAGUAGCGACUAUGGAAUGGAUGCGCUAUAAUACGAAUGUCCCAGUACCUACUGUUGUCUCUCACGAUGCUUGUAGUGCCAAUCCUGUCGGUUUUGAAUGGAUUCUAAUGACCAAAUUGCCUGGGAAGCCGCUGGCUGAUGCGUGGAGAUCGCUCUCUUACCCCGCUAAAGAAGGACUUGCCAAGCGGUUUGCCGAAUACUCAUCCAGUCUUUUCAAGAAUCAGCUGAGCGGUAUUGGGAAUAUCUACGCCGCAUCGCUUCCCAAGGUGGACCGUAUUGUGUCCAUGCACUUUUUCUGCGGUGAUCAUAUACACCAGGAUGUGUGCCGCGGGCCUUUCUCCUCGACUAGGAACUGGAUGGAUGCACGCCUAGCGCUCAGCGAACAUGACUGCCGCUCAACGUUGACUAAAUAUUCGGACAGGAACGGUAUUGAUACUGAUGACGAGGAUGCCCUAGAUGACGCACAGCGGACGCUUAAGAUUGUCAAUAAGCUCAAGGCCCUUGUGGGCCAAAUAUUCUCUGUUGAUCAUCUGGAAGAUGAGCCCUCUAUGCUAUUUCACGACGACCUUCCUCAGCACAACAUCCUUGUUAACGACAGCGGCGCUCUAACGGGUGUGCUGGACUGGGAGUGCGUCUCCGCCCUGCCACGGUGGAAGGCGUGCUAUUAUCCUUCGUUUUUGGAAGGCCGACCGCAAGAGAAGAGACCUGAACUAGCGAGAUACAAACGCGAAUCGAGCGGCGUGCCGGCGGACCUCUAUUGGGAUCACUUGAUGGAAUAUGAACUUACAACCUUACGACGGGUUUUUCUCGAUGAGAUGGCGAGACUAGAGCCAGGUUGGGUGGAAAUCUUCAACUCAAGUCAGUUGCAGAGAGACCUAGAUCUCGCGGUGCAGAACUGUGAUAUCAAUGAAUGGAUUGACGAGAUUGUUGCUAGGAGAAGCAACAUACGCAGUUUGCAGGAUAGGAUCGAUGAUACUUAGCCUAAGCCCCCUUUCCACAUUCCAUUCGGAUAGAGUUAGCAACAUGUCAGGCGGUUUCAUAAGGUAUACUCUCAGGUAUGAGGCCCAACCAGCCACUGCCAGCAAAUAAAGGACAGCCUUCAGCACCAAGGGUUGGAAGACGAGACCGCGGUUGUGGCCCCUCUCUCACACAACGUCAAUCCAUAUCAUAAGGACAGUGAGGAUAAUGAG